AGUCUCGUUCUCAUUCACUUUCACGCUGUUCUGUGGCUCACUCAAAUAGUUUCCGCGAAAGUGAUAAAAAAAAUUAAACCUUAUUCUUGAACUCCUUACAUUACCAUUGAUCUCCUACUUAACACAAUUAUGUGCGUGUGAAAAUAGUGUUACAAAGAGAUAAAACAGAUACGUGGAUAAAAUGAAAAUGUGAAUUUUCAAAUGUCAUUAACGCAGAUAGCCUUAUACUGUUUGACGAGUUCGUUCGAAAGGCGAUGAAUGACGUUAAUGACUCUCAUCAUGGAUAACGCUGAUUGUUCUAGACAAUUGAAAUUUGGCAUGGAUCGUAUAUUAUCGAAUGAAAUUUGCACAAGGAAAACAGAUAUUCUUAAGCCACUUCCAAUACAACUUCCAUCCAUACGUUGUCCCUGCAUUGAAAGUUGCGAACGAUGUGAAAAUAUCAGAACUUGCAUUUCAUUUCCACAUGCCCACUCGUCAUUAUCUGAAAGAAUUACACCUACAUCUUAUACUGGACUGAUGGAGAGUUUAGGAACUUUAUAUCGGCCCGCACCGUUACGGCCUGUACCACGAGGACUUAUUUCAUCUUCCUCGACGGUGAACUCUUCAGAGACAAACACACGAAGGAAGAGGUCGUGGUCUAGAGCCGUCUUUAGUUCUCUACAACGGAAAGGUUUGGAAAGAAGAUUCUCUCUACAGAAAUACAUCACGAAACCAGACAGGCGACAGUUGGCAGCGACUUUAGGUUUAACCGACGCACAGGUCAAGGUUUGGUUUCAAAAUCGUCGGAUGAAGUGGCGGCAUACAAAGGAGAGCGAAAGCGCUACAUUGGCCGGUCCAGAUUCCACGCAGAAGGAUUUCCCGCAAAAAUUAGUUAAAUCCAUCACCAAUGAUGCGCUGCAGCAAGACGAAGAGGAUAUAGAAAUCGAUUAGAUUUGUAGAUUUAUGAAAUUUCCACAUAUAAGGCAUACAAAUACUUUAUUUUAAAAGAAAAUUACACAUAAAUAUUUAUCAAAGAUUAAGAAAUUACUACGAAACGACAAUAUAUAAUAGAUAAUAAAUACAAAUGGUAUCGAUGUGGAUAAUAAUAUGUGCAAUAAUGUGUAUCGAUCUUUUAAAAGAAAAAGUACUGCAUUUAAAAUGUCUAAUUUAAUGAAUAAUAAAUGUUAUAAAAGUAAUUUACGAUGUAAUCAAGUGGCCAUGUUUAAUAGCUUACUAUUAACAGUAUAUUAUUCAUU